AUGCAUAUCCCAUCCUCACAGCUCCUCCGCGCAUUGCGCACCACGCUUUCCAACCCGCGCCCCAUCCCCGUCCUCCCCCGUCUCUCCGCCACACCCAUCCCAUCCCAUCGCAACUCCAGCACCGCCGUCCGACCCACUCGCAUGGUCCCCCGUUCUCACACCCACAAGCCCGCCAGCCAUGACCGAGGCCCACAGUCAGAUGAAAGUACCCAAACCGACUUCAACGCGUUGAACGUAUUGGGCGGUGUCGAGGCGCCUACCACCGCCAUUGACGCCUGUCUCGAUUCGGGAUUCCAUCUCAACAGCGGUCUGAAGAUUACUGGUGGGUCUGGUAUGAUGCUUGUUGGUGGAGAGGCAUUUUCCUGGAAGCCGUGGAAGGUAUCCGAGGGGAAAUUCGAGAAUGAGCGUGAGGCCAAGGCUAGUAUGAUCAACGCCAAGGGCCAGUUUGAGUUGAGUGAGGAGGCUUUCGGGUUGUUGAGCGUUGUUUGGCCGCGACCUGAUAUGCUCAUUCUUGGUCUUGGUGCCUCGAUUCAUCCUUUAUCGCCUGAAACGAAACGUCAAAUUAAUUCUCUGGGUAUUCGUGUAGAUAUUCAGGAUACGCGCAAUGCGGCGGCACAGUUUAACCUGUUGGCUACUGAGCGCGGUGUGACGGAGAUUGCGGCUGCGAUGAUCCCGAUCUCGUGGAAGGGGAGGUCAUGA